UUACUUGUAAAUUAUAAGUUUAUAAUUGAAUACUGGCUUAAUUGAAUACAGUUAUAAUUGAAUACUGGCUUAAUUGAAUACAGUUAUAAUUGAAUACUGGCUUAAGUUUUUAUUAUAUAAGACAUUUAAUUUUAGUAUUUAAAACAGUGAUCUAUACUUUAAAAAAAAAAAGAGUUUAAUACAGGCAUACUUGGAGAUAUUGCGGGUUCAAUUCCAGGCCGUCGCAAUAAAGUGAGUACAGGCAUACUUCAAACAUAUUGCGGAUUUGAUUCCAGGCCACCAUAAUAAAUUCCUCAGAGAGAGAAGACUGUAAUAAUGGCGAACCCCCUAGGAAGAUAAUACCAGAGAAGAAUUCACUUAGACAGAAAAGAGGCUGCUGUUGGAUACAGAGCAAAGGGUGACAGCCACUGAGGCUCUGACCUACUCCUACUUCAAGUCCCUGCAUGAUACAGAGGAUGAAUUCAGUGGCUGUACCAUUUUACAUUUCCAUUAACAACUUAUAACAGCUGUGCCAGACUCUGCUUAAACCAAGAAACAGUAUGUCUAGCAAGCACUGCUAUGAAGACUGAAAAUUGUGUGGCCAAAACAAAACUUGCCAAUGGCACUUCCAGUAUGAUUGUGCCCAAGCAACGGAAACUCUCGGCAAGCUAUGAGAAGGAAAAGGAACUGUGUGUCAAAUAUUUUGAGCAGUGGUCAGAGUCCGAUCAAGUGGAAUUUGUGGAACAUCUUAUAUCCCAAAUGUGUCAUUACCAACAUGGGCACAUAAACUCGUACCUUAAACCUAUGCUGCAGAGGGAUUUCAUAACUGCUCUGCCAGCUCGGGGUUUGGAUCACAUUGCUGAGAACAUUCUGUCCUAUCUGGAUGCCAAAUCACUAUGUGCUGCUGAACUUGUGUGCAAGGAAUGGUACCGAGUGACAUCUGAUGGCAUGUUAUGGAAAAAGCUCAUCGAGAGAAUGGUCAGGACAGAUUCUCUGUGGAGAGGCCUGGCAGAACGAAGAGGAUGGGGACAGUAUUUAUUCAAAAACAAACCUCCUGAUGGGAAUGCUCCUCCCAACUCUUUUUAUAGAGCACUUUAUCCUAAAAUUAUACAAGACAUUGAGACAAUAGAAUCUAAUUGGAGAUGUGGUAGACAUAGUUUACAGAGAAUCCACUGCCGAAGUGAAACCAGCAAAGGAGUUUACUGUCUGCAGUAUGAUGAUCAGAAGAUAGUAAGCGGCCUUCGAGACAACACUAUCAAGAUCUGGGAUAAAAGCACAUUGGAAUGCAAGAGAAUUCUCACAGGCCACACGGGUUCUGUCCUAUGUCUCCAGUAUGACGAGAGGGUGAUUAUAACUGGAUCAUCGGAUUCUACAGUCAGGGUGUGGGAUGUAAAUACAGGUGAAAUGCUAAACACGUUGAUUCAUCAUUGUGAAGCAGUUCUCCACUUGCGUUUCAAUAAUGGCAUGAUGGUGACCUGCUCCAAAGACCGUUCCAUUGCUGUAUGGGAUAUGGCCUCCCCAACUGACAUCACCCUCCGGAGGGUGCUAGUCGGACACCGAGCUGCCGUCAAUGUUGUAGACUUUGAUGACAAGUACAUUGUUUCUGCAUCUGGAGAUAGGACUAUAAAGGUAUGGAACACUAGUACUUGUGAAUUUGUGAGGACCUUAAAUGGACACAAACGUGGCAUUGCCUGUUUGCAGUACAGAGACAGACUGGUCGUUAGUGGUUCAUCUGACAACACUAUCAGAUUAUGGGACAUAGAAUGUGGUGCAUGUUUACGAGUGUUAGAAGGCCAUGAGGAAUUGGUGCGCUGUAUUCGAUUUGAUAAUAAGAGGAUAGUCAGUGGGGCCUAUGAUGGGAAAAUUAAAGUGUGGGAUCUUGUAGCUGCUUUGGACCCCCGUGCUCCUGCAGGGACUCUUUGUCUACGGACUCUUGUGGAGCAUUCUGGAAGAGUUUUCCGACUCCAGUUUGAUGAAUUCCAGAUUGUCAGUAGUUCACACGAUGAUACAAUCCUCAUCUGGGACUUUCUAAAUGAUCCAACUGCCCAAGCUGAACCCCCCCGCUCCCCUUCUCGAACAUACACCUAUAUCUCCAGAUAAAUAAUCAUAUACUGACCUCAUACUUGCCCAGGACUCAUUAAAGUUGCGGUAUUUAACGUAUCUGCCAAUACCAGGAUGAGCAACAACAGUAACAAUCAAAAUAUUACCCACUCUCCCCGGACUAGCCGAGGAGUGGGGCUUUGAGACUCCUGUUGGGACACAGUGGUCUGCAGUCGACUCAGGAGGGUCUACUCAGCACAGCUGACUGCUUCCGUGCUGCUAUCAGAUGUCUUUUAUCUUUCGUGAAUGAUUAGAACUUUUAAACCUCACCUCACUUCCCCUCCUCCUUUCCCCUGUGCACCUGUUUUUUCCUCAUUUGGUUCCAGACAAAGAUGACUUAUAAAUAUAUUUAAUGUUUUGCCAGAAUCUCUCUUGCUUUGCCGUUAAGCAGAAGAACUAGUUUCCCUAUAUACCUGCUGGGAGAGACCCACUUCUAGGGGAGAGGGGGAUACAACUUCAAGCCAGACAGCGCCCAGUGUCUCCCUGAGAACUACAGGAAUGCCCAGCGCCUGGCAAGCUCAGCGAGCCCCACUGUGCUUAGGAGACAGCGCUCCUGUAUAGCCUCUGGGGCAAGAAAGAGAGACAAGAAGAAUGAGCACACUUGACGAUCUGGGCCUCUUUCCUCCAUCUCUUUUCUCUGUUUCUGUCCCUCUUCCCCCUCCCUCCACCCCUUCAACCUGUUCUCUGCUCCACCUGAGAAGAACAAGGAUGAAGAGAGUGUCCUCAGUUAGCAUGAGGCAAAUCGGCUAGAAAAUGCAACACUUGGAAGAGUUAAAUGCUGUUCAGUUAAAAUUUCAAACCGAGGCUGUUGCUGCAAGUGACCCUAUAUGACAACAAUGCGUUUUCAGACAUGGUACUUUCAUCAUAUUUGCAACUCUCCUCUCUUCUCCUUCUAACAUCCUCUCCCCAAAAAGGGGGGCAGAAAUUUCCUGGGCUCCAUCAAUGGCCACAUCUUUCUGGACUCAGCAGUCUCCUCGAUUCCAUGUAGAGUGUGAAAAGGAGCUGCUGAUUGCAUUUCCUCUCAUUAACAAUUAGAUGUGUAAUAAAAAGCAUUGUACUUCA